AUGUCGCUCACAUUUACCUCGCUGGAUACCCAGAUCCUCAAGGACGCCGCCUGGCCGCCAGUCUUCCAUUCCAAAGGGCAGCAGCAGCACCCGCCCGGUGGCCGGCCCCGCCCGCGCCCACACCGCGCCGAGGGAACGACCCCGCCGCCGAGCCCGCAGCGCCGAGCCCCGCACAAGUUGCGGCCCCGCCGCCGCAGGGAGCGCGGAGGAGCCGCUCCCGCGCAGCGAGGCGGGCGGUGCCGGCCCCGCCGAGCCGCGGAUGGGGCAGAGCCCCCCGGGCACCCCUCCCGCCCCGAGCCGUUCCCCGGCGGGCAGGGCUCGCUGCCGGCCGCCGCCGGGGCGCGGGGCUCCGCCCGGCCGGGGCCGAGUCCCUCCCGCCUCCGGAGCGGGCGCGCCGGGACAAACUUUCGCAUCCCUCCUGCGCGCCGGGCCGGGCUCCCCGCGCCCGCCGCGUCCCGCCGGUACCUGCCGGGGCUGCCGCGGCGGGGCGGGCGGCUCUGGGCGCUGCUGCUCCGGCGGGCCGCCGGCCCAUGUGCCCGGGCCAGGGCAAGGGGCCGCCCUGCGCGCCCGGCUCCGGCUCCAGCGUCGCCGCUCCGCGCCGCCGCCACAACUCACUCUGGCGUCGCCAGGACAACGAGCGCCCGCCCUUCGCCGAGCCCCCUCCCUCCUGCCCGCCCUCCCCGCGGCACCGCCCAGCGCGGGGGCUCCCACGUGGGGCCGCCACGCCAAUGGAGGCGGAUUGCGGCCGGCUGGGCCGGCGGAGAGCCGCUCUCCAGGCGGGAGGCAGCGGGCGCCAUCCACUCCCCGCCGCCCCUCGGCCACCUGCCCCUUCGGCUCUCCCGCCUCACCUGCCCAAGAGAGCCCCCGAGGCCGCAGUGCGGGCAGCAGAGCGCUGCGGGCAGGCUUUGGCACAGAACGUGCGGUGUCCCUCGUGUGCCCAGCCCAGCCCAGGUCCUACACCCCGUCCCCGUGCCUCGGGAUCCUGCGCUGCUGCAGGACCGCGGGCACACGGGCCCGGGGGCGCUGGGCUGGCUGGAGGCCGCAGCGGUAGCAGUGUUGAGGGGCUGCUGA